ACAACAACAACUGCAAUUAUAAUUACUCCAAGCACAACAAUAACCACUACAUCCAGGACAACAACUACUACUACUCCAAUCUUAAUACCAACCACUACUCCAACAACAACAACAACUACAGCUGCUCCAAGCACAACAACAACUACGACGUGCACAAAAACUACCACUACUCCAACGACAACAACAACUGCAAUUAUAAUUACUCCAAGCACAACAACAACCACUACACCCAGGACAACAACUACUACUACUCCAAUCAUAACAACAACCACUACUCCAACAACAACAACAACUUUAACUACUCUAAGCCCAACAACAACUACUACUCCACGGACAACCACUACAACAACUACACCGUGCACAAAAGCUAUCACUACUCCAACGACAACAACAACCACUACACCCAGG